AUGGCGGAAAAGAACGCUGCUACGAAGACCGAAGAUGCUCAUCUAGAGAAUAGAAAUGAUUAUGUUAAUGAUGAGCCAGAGUCUACACCUCAAGCCGUCCAUGUCAUUCACAAUCCCCUUAAAAGGGAUAGCCCCGAACAAGUAGUAGCUGAUGCUCAAGCAUUUGCAAACAACCACAAUCUUGGCGAAUACGCCGAUCUCUUCGGUAGAGCAGCAUUGGUAGCUCGAGAUCAACACAACUUCCACAACAUCCCUGGACUUUCCUCAGAUGAAGUGGCUGCCCUACAGUAUGAACGAGAUCACAAAUGGCACGGUCCAAGGAUGUUAUGGUUCUCCGUUGGUCUUUGUGCCAUUGGUGCUGCCACUCAAGGUUGGGAUCAAACCGGUUCAAACGGUGCGAACCUUUCUUUCCCUCAGGAGUUCGGUAUCGCAGGUUCUGGUGGCGACGAAUGGAAAGUCGGUCUUGUCAACUCUAUUAUUUUCCUGACUGCUGGUCUCAUUGGCGCUUUCAUCACUGAUCCUCUGAAUCACUACCUUGGUCGACGAGGUGAAAUCUUCCUCACCUCUGCUUGUCUUACUGCUACUCCCAUCGCUUCUGGUUUCGCUAAAUCAUGGCAAACAUUGUUCGCUAUCCGAUUUGUUAUGGGUAUCGGUAUCGGAGCCAAGAACGCGACUGUCCCCAUCUUCUCUGCCGAGUUGGCCCCGGCUAGAGUCAGAGGUGCCCUCACCAUGUUUUGGCAGUUGUGGGUCGUGGCCGGUAUCUUCCUUGGGUUCGCUGCAAACUGUAUCGUAAAAGACACCGGAAGAAUCGCAUGGAGACUUCAACUUGGUUCCGCCUUUAUCCCAGCUUUCAUCUUGAUGUGUGGUAUUUACCUUACUCCCGAAUCUCCCCGUUGGUUGAUGAAACACAAGAAAUACGAUAAAGCUUUCCGAUCUUUCCUCAAAAUUCGAGCUCACCCUAUCAUCGCUGCUAGAGAUUACUACUACUCUUAUGUCAUCUACCUUGAAGAGAUCCACGUUGCUGAAGGAUCCAACUACUUUACUCGAAUGAGAGAUAUCUUUACUGUACCUAGAAUCAGAAGAGCCAACUACGGUGCUUCUACUGCCAUGCUUGCCCAACAAAUGUGUGGUAUCAACAUUAUCUCUUUCUACAGUUCUACCAUCUUUACCGAUGUAGGAUACACCGACGAUCAAGCUCUCUUCGCCUCUUUGGGUUACGGUGCGGUCCAAGUCAUUUUCACCAUCCCCACUUUGUUCCUUAUCGAUACCGUUGGUCGACGAAGAUUGUGUUUGAUCACUUUCCCUCUCAUGUGCAUCUUCCUUCUGGCUGCGGGUCUAUCCGUCCUCAAGACGUCAGGAUCUCAAGCUUCACGAGUCGGUCCAGUAGUUCUAUUCGUUUACCUGUUCACAAUCUGUUAUUCCCUCGGUGAAGGUCCAGUGGCAUUCCAAUAUUCAGCAGAAGUAUUCCCUACCAUCCAGAGAGAACAGGGUAUGGCCUUUGUUGUCUUCAUCAACAACUUCUUUGCCGGUGUAUUGGGUCUUACCUUCCCUAGAAUGAGAACCGUGAUGACCACCACUGGUGCCUUCGGUUUCUACGCUGGGUUGAACUUGAUCGCAUGGUUCAUGGUCUUCUGUUUCAUCAGAGAGACUAAACAACUCACUCUGGAGGAGCUCGAUCAAGUGUUCUCAGUACCAACUUCCGAAUACUUCAGACACGAGGCUACGGUAUCAGCACCGUGGUUCAUCAAAAGAUACUUCUUUUUCCAAAAACACUUGCCCAAGCCACCUUCAAUCAUCGCGACUGCUACUUCUUACCCAAGUCACGGUGGUAAAUACGUUGAUUCUCCAAAGAGAUCCGAAGGUGCUGCGGUAUAA